AUUUUCGUACUUUUUCGACUAGAAGCAGACGGAACGAUAGAGGAAGGAAGGGAUUGCUUGUAACUCUAUCUGUAGCAAAUGACAGUUUAUAGUGCCAACGUUAUUGAGAUUGCGAAUUGUUAUCUUGAAAUAGGAGAAUUUGGUUGAUGUCUGCAUGGAAUAAUAUUUUCAAAAUGUAACACUUCACAAGCGUAACUCAAAAUACACGUGUUCACUGGGCACAUCAAAAUUGAAAGUAGGAAGUGGCGGGAAUGAAUGUCAAGUGUUUGUUGUUUAGUGGUAGCAUAUAUUUGUUUAUUCGAUUUUAAUACGGUUUAAUAAUGGCUGAUAAAGCCCAAAAGAAGGAAGAGACAAAAAAGCAAUUGAGAGCUUUGCUUCUCUCGGCCCCAGCUGCAUUGACUGCAAAUGAACUAAAAAGAGAUUACCAUGAUUUUAUGGGUGAUCCCAUCCCGUUCAGGGAACUGGGAUAUACCACCCUCGAAGAUUUACUUAAGGACAUGCCAGAUGCUCUGAGAGUAUCUUGGAAGAAUGGUGUUAUGUGUCUUGAACCAGUGGCCCAGGAGGCAUCUGUCCACAUCCAAAAACUAGUGUCUAAACAGAAAGUAAACAAUAAGAACAAAUGGGCAACUCUACGAAAUGGUGGACCCUCAACUCGGUCAAGAGGUCCACCACAACCGAGGUCCUUCAGGUCCUACAAUAGUAACAGACACCAACUGAGCCAUGCUCCGCCACGAAAUACUCGGCCUAAUCGUCCUAACCCUGUCUCGGCAUACAUACGAAAACAAAUUUCAGAGCUUCUUAAAUCUUACCCAAAUGGAUUACCAUUAACACAUUUUGAUACAGCCUUUUCCCGUCGGUUUGGUGUUCCCCUUAGUCCAUCAGGUCUUGGUUUUGAUUCUAUGAAGGACCUUUUAGACUCUCUACCCGAUAUUGCCAAGUUGAAGGAAUUCCAAGGAGGAGAAUGGCGUGUUGCUCCAGCAUACAUUGAGUCUAGGGAGCAAGUUCCACGGUACAAACCCCCACAUCUCUCUGAUCGAAAGUCUGACACAAACAAGGGGUUCAACAGACAACCAGAACAGUCGAGAGAUUUUCGUACUGCAAGUGAGCCAAUUAGAAAAUACAAUCGGAGAACAGAGAGGACUGAUCAAUCACAAAUAAAUUUCCAGCCAGCAGGAAUAGAGGAAGGGGACUUCAUGGAAGAUAUCCACUGCCAGAUUCCUCAACAAGACUUCAUUGCUAUACCAGGGAGAGAAAACACAGGGAAAAAAUCCUUGAUUUCCCCUGGUGGCGCAACUAUUUCCCCACCAUCGGCACCCCAUGCACCCCGAGGAAGAGGAAGGCGACGAACAGGAGACAGAGGUGACGUUGAUGUGAGAUCCCAGGGCCGUGACAGUGUGUCCAGUGGUGGGUCUCUGGAGGUCUUGUCAUCCCCGGGGGCAGGGGAGUUUGAUGUCAGCGUUGUAAGCGAGGUGGUACAGAACAACAUUAGACAGAUUCUUGAAGAACAAAAGGAAGGGGUUUGGGCCAUACAGCUUCCAGCCAAGUAUAUGAAGCGGUGUGGGAAGGAGCUGUCGUUUCGAGACUAUGGUUACUGGAGUCUGGUUGAGAUGCUGGCUUCACUGCCUCAACUCAUGCGCCUGGAGCGCCCAACUGACAAUGGAGACUGGUUGUGCUUUGAUGCCAGAUUGCCUGUGCCAAAAAAAACUGUAGUGCAGAAACAAAAACCUGAUUCAUCAAAACGAGAAACAGUCUCCAAAGGACGAUACAGCAGCAGAGGAGAGUUGGAUUCUCAGAUGGAGGAAAAAAUCAGACAGGUGUUGCAGUGCAAACCCAGAGGUGUGCCUCUUAACGAGUUCUCCAAUCUAUAUAAGGAUUUAACAGGAGAAGUGUUACCCUUUAGAGAGCUGGGCUACGACAAGAUUGAGUUCUUUAUGAUCCCCCUGGCAGACAGUGUGCUACACCUGGAAUACAUGGGAGAUGGUUGUAUGAUGGUGUAUGCUAUGGACAAUGGAAAACCUCCUCGCAGGGAUCUUAUCAUCAACCCACCAAAAGAUGAGGUAAGCACUGCAGGAUUAGUUAGGACACUAGCACUAG